ACUUGACAUUUCUUAUAUUUUCAUUUCAUCUUUAUUAAGAUAUAUACUAAAAAAUUCCUCGCCGGAAAAAAGAAAAAAAAAAAGAACAGCGGCGGCUUCACAUUUUGGAACAGAAAUGAUUCAUCCAAUAGUGAACUCUCCCCUAAACAUGGAUGAAGAAGAAUCGUUUCUGCUAAAGGAUGAAGAAGAAGAAGCAAUUAGUGAAGAAGUCCUUACUCGAAUCAUGAAGCUAAAACGAAGUCAAUGGUGGAUCUUUGUCUUUAUCAGCAUUUUCUUCCUCAUAUCUGCUCAAGCCGUAGCUGUUCUUCUCGGUCGCUUUUAUUACGACCAAGGAGGAAACAGUAAAUGGGUCUCCACUCUUGUCCAAACCGUUGGCUUUCCGAUUCUCUAUCUCCCUCUUUGUCUCCUUCCUGCUUCUUCACCCACCUGGUCUUCUUGUUCCUUCAAGACUCUGGUUUGGAUCUAUCUUUCUCUCGGUCUCGCCAUUGGUUUGGACAAUCUGUUAUACUCUUACGGGCUUUUGUUACUCUCUGCUUCAGCUUAUUCCCUUAUUUGCGGCACACAGUUGAUUUUCAAUGCUAUCUUCUCUUAUUUAAUCAAUUCUGAGAAGAUCACUUUUUGGACUGUCAUGUCAGUAUUUUUCCUCACUAUCUCUGCUCUAGUGAUUGCUCUUGACGAUGAUUCCGACAGUCCAUCCGGAGGUUCUAAGUGGAUUUACGUAAUCGGGUGCUUGCUUACACUUCUUGCUUCUCUCAUAUACUCUCUUCAGCUUUCUCUUAUGCAGUUUUCAUUCGAGAAGAUCAUCAAGAAAGAGACGUUUGCUAUGGUUCUUGAAAUGCAAAUCUACACAUCUCUGGUGGCGUCUUGUGUUUCUGUUAUCGGGUUGUUUGCCAGUGGGGAAUGGAAGAUGUUGAGAAGGGAAAUGGAAGAGUUUCACAUGGGUCACAUGUCUUACGUUUUAACUCUUGCUGGGACAGCAGUUUCAUGGCAAUUGGGUUCUGUAUCAGCUGUGGCACUUAUAUUUCUGGUUUCUUCGCUGUUUUCAAACCUUAUCGGUACCCUUUCUCUCAUCGUCACACCUCUUGCAGCACUAGCGGUGUUCGACGACAAGUUGACUGUGGCUAAGAUUGUCGCAAUCCUUUUUGCCAUCCCGGGCGUAGCUUUUUAUAUGUAUACGAAUUAUCUCGAUGGCUUGAAAGUACAAAGAGAAAGAGAUUCUCAGGCUGAUUGAUUCUACAAGGUGUUCUAUUAGUGAUUAUUCAAGACAAGCUUAUGGUAUUUAUGUUGUACAUAUAUAGCUUCUGAUGUUUGUCUUUGUGCAUGCUAGCGUUCUUAAUCCAGUUAUAUAUAAGAUGAUGACAUCCAACAAUUUUUCUUGGUU